AUGGAUUUCAAGAAAUUUGCUUACCCAGGUGCAAGUCAAUGGCCUAUAACCUCCAUUCAAGUACAAGAAGCUAUCGUCGUGCAGAAUGAAAACCGCUGCUCAGCUACAGGUGUUACUGAGCGGCCAGCUCGGGCGGAGGACCUUAUCCGCGAUAGCGUCACGAACUUGCCUUAUAUCAACACCGAGCACUUGGUUGAACUGAAAUUGAUCAAGACCUUCAUGAAUUGGGCUAUGAAGGAAUGUGAAGGGAUUGAUUGCUGA